AUGUCUAUCAAUAGUAGCGGGAAGGCGGCAGCGACGGCGGCGCCCGGUCGUCGAUCGUCUCUGCAGAACUUCAUAAUAGGGUGGCUCUCUCGGUACGUUGAUGGUCUACAGGAUGGACAGGCUAGGAUCGAGCAUGAUCUGUGGAAUGGUGAGAUGACUAUUAUGAAUGCUAAACUGAAUACAGCGGCUCUGAGUAAAUACAUGCGAGCGGCUAACCUAACGGAGGGCAGUGUGGGACGGAUUCGUAUCAAAAUCCCUUGGAGCACGCUUCUAUCGGCAAGCACAACUGUGGAAGUGGAGAAGGUCAGAAUAGAGCUCAGCUCUUUGGGCUUUGCUGAGAGGUUGGAGAAAGCUGGUGGUAGUCUGGAGGCAUUGAGGGCGACGCUGCUGCGGGACAAAAGGGAACUCAUAGAGAAUCUUGUUCGAGCAAUGGAGCUAAAGCGACAGUUGGACUCAGAAGAGGUCGGCAGUUUUACAGGGACGUUAUUGACAGCUAUGAUAAACAGCAUACAGAUUUCAAUUAAAGACAUUUGUAUAUCAUUUCGAGUGAGCGACUCAGUGAUAACCAUAUCUCUCGGUGGGGCCUCCGUGUUGUCCUGUAACAAGGAGUGGAAGGUCGGUGAGGAAGCGGCUGUAACAGGGGAGUGGUAUAAGCGCUGUGAACUCAGCGGCCUCAGCAUUGACGUGGGGGAGUCGCCUAGAAUGCCUCUACAAGCAGAGCCUUUGGACGCUACAUUGCUCAUCAGUAGUACUCAGCAAAAUCGGGCUAUGCAUUGGUCCCUUACUGUGAAUGGAGGCCGGGUCACUAUCGAUAGAGAAAGAGCUAAUAUACUGCUCAAAGCCAACAGGACUUUGCAUGCCGAAGGGAAGCUGGUCAGGCAGGCUCUCUCAUCAGAUAUUAAGGAGAGCGAUAAGGACGUCCUUAAGGCCGAGUAUCAGGCUCUGUUGGUGAAAGCUUCGAAAGAGUCGGCGCGUAUCGAUAAUAUAGAGGCCUUGGUGCCGGCUAUGGACCUAGCUAGAUGGCGCUAUGAGAGAGGACUUAGGUUGAAGGAGGAUGCUGAGAAGGAGAAGGCACAGGUGACCUCAUGGUUCGCCUCGUGGGCAGGAAAGGAGGAAGUGGAUAAGGUGGUUGGAAACGCCGCUAAGGGGGCUGGCAGUAGUGGAAAGAAAAUGCAGCGCAGCGUCACUUGGACCUUCGAACUCACCAAUGUAACUGUGGAUUGCCUCCAGCACCAGCGAGAUGAUGAUACCCCUUCUGCAUUGACAUUUGGCUUGGGCCGACUUUUCUUCAACGUAGUAGUGCCCAAUUUGUCCUCCCCGCAAGAGCUCGCUGUGGACGGCGGUGUUGAUGACGUACAAGUGGAGGCUUAUGGCAAGCACCUGUUGAGCUUCGACUCGAGGCCUGAUGGACCCUCAGUGGAGAUAAGCUUUACUCGGUCUAAGCCUCGUGGUAGGGGCAUCCUCGACCCAUAUGAAGCUACUGUGUCCAUCACCUCUGAUGCCCUUGUUGCUUGGAUAGAGCCGACUACUUUGAAGAAGUUCGCUGCAUCAGGAGCACAGUUCGCCACUGAAUAUAAAGAGGCUAAGAUCUCCGCCAUAACGGAAAUCCAGGAGAGGGCAUCUCAGCUUGACAUGACGGAUCUCACUGACCUCUUGCAGUCUGCAUCUCAGCAUGUCGCGACGAAAUUGGUCCACCUUAAGGUCGACAUGAUGGCUCCGAUAGUCCACAUAAAGCCAGCAGAAAUGGCAGACGAGCUCACAUGUAUCCUUGGUAGAGUUCAGGUCACCAGCAAGGAUGGGGAAGAGUACCGUCUGAGUAUGAGUGACAACUCUGUCGUCAUCGCAGGGGCCUUUGGGUGCACUCAAUUCCUCGACCCGAGCGAGGUCCAUGUAGUGCUAAAGCGAGCGCCCCUCCACGUGGAAGUUAGCGUGGCCUCAACACUGUGUGUACGGCUGACUCCUGCAUGCCUACGAUUCGUUAAUGGUACGCUGGCUACUGUGAGGGAUCUUGUGAAGGAGAUAGUGGGGUCGCUGAAGGAUAUGAGAAAAGGUAUUAGAGAGGCAGUGCAGAAGGCUCGGCAGCUACAGGCGCCCUCUCCUAUGGCUUUGCCUGAUUUCGGCUUGAGCCUGGUCCUAGAUGCUGCGCGCUUGGAAGUGUGCGCUGAUGGGCAGUGCCCUGACGGCUUGGUGGUAGAAGUGAAGAAGGUCUCCUUGGCGUUGGCUGAUUCGGAAUGGAAGGGAGCUUGCUCGAGUUUUGAAGUCCAUACUGAGGACGUCGAGGACACGUGUGGUGGGUGUAUAACACUGCAAGGGGAGAGCUCAUCAGAAGCAGCAGUCGGCUUGACGUAUAAGGGAGGCAGUCUGGAUGUUCACAGUGGCUAUCUGUUGUCCGAUAUCACUCCUGGGUUCCUGAAAAGCAUUGCGAAGAUGUCUCGAGAGCUCUCAGCCGAGGUAGAGGUUGUGGACCCUGAGGACGCUAGGGAGGCUACGAAAACUAUGAUGGAGGCCUCGGAUGCAUUAUUCUCUGAGGAAGGAGGAGAACAGGAGCGAAUGGAGGUUCCUGAAGUGGAGCUGGAGAGGGUCAAGCUGGGGCUGUUGGACUUCGCGAGGAGACAUGGGGGAAAGUUGGAACUGCCGAGGAUGGACGGGGAAAGGACCGUGGUGGAGAUCAGUGUUGACAGCAAAGGCUCCUGCCUGUCAUUAUUCGAUAGUGAGGACACGAAGGAUAGGAGGAAGGCCAUUGUAGUGGGCCGAAUAGCAGAUCUGAAAAAUUCUAUUAAGGUGUCACGAUGUGUUAAGGAUAAGUUGGCUGUCUCGGGGGAGCUCACUGUGCGAUCGAUCUCCUUGGAAGUCGCCGGGAAGGAGAUCAUCUCUCCGUGUACACAGUCAGUUCCAUCAGCAGCAGAGGGGAUGGCUCCCUUUGUGUCAAUACUAUGGGGACUCUAUCCAUCACCAUGGCCGUACCAGUCAGCCGUCAUUGCCCAGACUCAGCAGCUGCGUAUAAGGCCCCUGUUGGUAGACCUGAAGAGCAUCGAAUCGUUGGGUAGAGCCUAUAAGGAGGCUACUACGCCUGAGAAGGCCGCCGCCCCUCCUAUAGAGCACUUCAUCAACCGUAUUGAUGAUCUUGGCGCCGCUAUAGCAGAGUCGACGAGCGUGGCAAGGCUGCCUUGUCUGAUAGCUCUACGAGCGGCAGCCCCGGUGCUAGAGCUUGCUGUAGUGGAGAAGGAGGAGGCUCAUGAUGUUGGUCCGACUGAUGUUGUUGUGGACCUCAUGGAUCUGGAUGCGCAGGAGCAGAGCUCUGAGGAAUCUUUCGAGGGCGGAGACCACGUGUUGGUGAACCUGGGAGUGGUCACGCUAGACUCCAAAAUGGAAGAUGCCUCCACGGUACGCAUUGAUGCCUCUGUUAACAACGUGCACGCCUCAGCCUUCUGCCUCCCACCACCGAGAUCUCCUGUGAGUAGCAAUGGUCAGGGGUCUCAAGACGAUCUCCUUCUGAGUAGCGAACAGGAGACGGACGUUGAGCCAGCUUUGACGGAGGAGGUUAUACUACCGUCCGGCUCGGCGGCAUUGUCUGUUUCGUUGCCCCUGUCUUGGGAAGUAGUAGAGGAAGAGGCAGACUUCUCCAAGCUGAUAGCGGUUGAGGCUACUGUACAAGAUGAGAUCUCGGUGACCAUCACACCCGAAGCCUUGAGGGUCCUGCGGCAGAUCGGGAAGACUGUUAGAGCUGCAUUCGCUGGCUCUGAUUUGGCGGUUCCUGAUGUAGAUGAGGAGAAGAGGGUCUUGGCUGGUAUUCAUAAGCUUGCUACCAAGAGGAAGCGCGCAGAUGUUCAAGUUAGGGCUGGCCUUGGGAAGGUAUCCCUCUGCCUUGUUACGCAUGAAGGAGCUCAUCCUCUUGAAGUGUCGUUCAAGUCUAUGGCCCUUACAGCCAGCCGUCGGGACAUGAUGGCGGAGGUUCACGUCGGAGAGGCGACUGCGAGAGUGGCUAGCUAUACCUUUAUUAAGGUCACGUCCAAUACGGAGGGCGAUGCUGGGCUCAACUUCUCCCUGGCUCUGACGGACUCCCCUACAGUGCGUGUCGUAGGCCAACAGAGCAUCGAUAUCUCCCUGUCGUCGGCCGUAGAGGAGGGACUGCGUACUGUGUCCAAGGCGUGUUCACUGUCCAAUGUGACGGAGACAAGGCGGUAUGUCAGUUCGCGGCUACUAGGCUACUUACCGGAUGCAGAUCUACAGCUUGGCAACAUCAGCAUCACUCUGUUCGGCUGUGACGGGUCGUCUGUUCGAGUGGGGCUCGAUGUUGAUGCUAGGGUAUCGAAGCAGGAGAUGGUUGAGGGAUCGGACCAGACUGAUGACAACGAAGUUUUCCCAACUAUCGUGAAUCUUGCGAGUGCGGUGAAGAUACGCUCAUUGACCUCUGCUGCCUCUAGUAAUGGAGCUACUGGGCCGAGGCGGUUGUUGAAGAAUCGCGAAGGCACGUUGGUGACAAUAGAAGGGAAGAUCGUGAGCAUCCCUGGCGAGAAGUUGAGCGUGUUGUUGGAUACUGUACGGUUUGAGAACUCUCUGGCGCUGAGCCUUGCCGGUCCUGAUGUUAUGAGUAUAAGGAAGAUACUCCGGGACCUUCGAAAAGGGAUCAAGUCGUCUUCACGUCCGAGUUCUAGGCGAGUGCUGGAAGCCUCGGUGGCGGUGUUCUUCGCUCCUGGGGCACACGUCCUUGUCGAGCUCGUGUAUUGUUCUACUAGUGGUCUAUCGAGACCGGCUUUAAGGAUUAGAGUCGGCACUAAGCUGCUGUCCAUUUACUACCAGCAAGGCGCCAGACUCACUGCAGGCAGUGCCCGCCAGCCGCCGGUCUUCAAGAUCUUGGCCGCUGACGUCACUACUCGGGCAAGCGUCAUCAACUACAAAAUGGGGGAAUGGGAACCAUUAUUACUACCCCUCACCACCAAUGUGGAGAUACAGCGGAUGAGUGAUCAGGAAGACCCAGAGGGUCGUAUAGUUCGGGUCGACAUGCGAGCCUCCCCCGAGGCUUCAAGUUCGGACCUUAUAGUCUCGCCAUUAUGCUUGGGAGUACUCAAUGAGCUCCUCCCACAGUUCUCGUCAAAGCAGGACUUCACGGCCAGCAGGAGCCAUCCUGUUGAUGAGGACAACAACGACGCAUUGUUGGUGGUGAAUCUCACUGACGGCGCCCUGGUCCUGAGUGGUGACACUGGUGUCAAGGAGACCAUCCAGCCCGGCCCUAAACACAUAGGCAUUGACCAUUUAUUCAGUGGUGCUACUAUGGAUGAGGUUCUGGUCGGGGGUGACUCCCCUGGCACUGCCCAGCUCCUCCACGAGACCGAGCUCUCGGUGGCCAACAAUGGUAACUGGCAGGCCGAGGUGGUUGCCCUGUCGCCGAUACGAAAGCUUCUGGUAUUCAGCGGACCUGUGCGCAUCGCCAACAUGACCCGAAUUCCGUUGCGAGUCUAUAUGCAGGCUCACGUCUCGGACACUGGCGAGGCGGUGGUGGUUACACCAAGCUCCCUGACGACAUCACUUGGGGACGUUGUCUGUGAUCAAGAAGGCUACUUCCUGCUGGAGCCAAGGGCUUUCAUCGGCGUUCCUAGCUCUAUCUUUCACGCUGGAGGGGGUUUUUCUAUCCAGCCUGAUGACGGUAACUGGGAGCGCAGCGAGCCUCUACCCUGUACGUUCAAUAUCGGGGGGUCUACCCCUAGGACUAGGCGGCUUAAGAUGUCCUGCCGCAAGUUCAGCAACCCAGAUGAGCUCAUGUAUGUAAACUGUCAAUACUCCCCGGUGCAUGGCUCCGAUAAUGCAUCAUCAUCAUCCUCAUCUGGCGAGGAGGAGUCAGCAUCGGAAAGACAGCAACAAACCUCUGUUGUCUGCGCUGCUUCAAGGAUGAUAUCGUUGUUGCCUAUAGCCCUGGUCACCAACGAAUGCCCUAUGUAUGUUGAGGUGGAAGCGAAUACAGCCAGUCAGGCGAGGGAUCCUCAUGUUCUCCACUUGGGCCCGUCGGGGUCCGGCUCGAUACCGAUAUUUGACAUCGAUGCAUCCUAUGUGAAAGUGAGAGUGCCGGGCUCUUCUUCUCGAGGGACUCACUGGAGUCGUCCAAUAUUCAUUGACGAUGAGGCGGAUCUCAACGUCGUACAAACUAUCGAUCUGCCGGUGGUCAACGGCGCUGGUCUCAGUGUGAACAUCUCGGUCGUGGUGACAAGCGAUCCUGAUGGCUGCCAGCAACUCACACUCUUCAGCAAAAACUGGUUCGUCAACUCUGUGGAAGGUGUCGACAUAUACCCGAUGCAAACGACUGUGAAUGAUCUUGUGCGGUCACCGUCACUGGCCUCGGAUAAAGAUCUGUAUCAUAUGGCGCCCAUCGAGGAUAGGAAGAAGGGCGGCCUGUCGUUGACAGUAGGGUUUGUGGACAACCAAGCACAGCAGCUUCAAGGAGGCCAAUGGCGUCGAGUUCUCGUCCCACUUUCCUCGAGAGACUCCUGUGAAGUGGAGCUUGGUGGGUCGAGUGUGGUGCUACAGGCUGAUGUUGUCGAGAAGCAGCAGAUUGAGGAUGAUGCAGGCUCUCUAAUGCCCAGCAGCGGUGUUAUGAUACCGACACCUGAAUCCCUACCCCUCAAUCUCGUCCGGUCUACUGUCAUCACGGCCAUCCCCGGCAUCAUAAUGUUUAAUCGAACUGGGAAGUGCUUGAAGGUGUCGCAAGGGGACGCGAAGGGAGUAUUGCUCGGCCCUAUGGAGAACUCACCGGUUCAUUGGUCUGAUCUUCGACGUGAUCGGUUUUUGCAAGUGGUUUAUGCUGACCCUUCGAGUGGUGAAUCUUCUGGAUGGCUGCCCACGGGCCCUAUCAUCCCAAGGGCAUCCCAUACGGGAGCCUACUCGAUGAUCAUGCGCAACGAGUUAACACUAGAAGUCGCGGUCCUCACUGUGGAGGUGGUCGUGAACCGUGGGGUUGUCAAUGUGGCUGUUUAUGAAGCCGCUGAUGACAAUAAGGAGAAUCAGAAGUCGUCUUUGCAGGUAUGCAACGACAAGUGCUACCAUCUAGAGUCUAUUCUAGUGUGCCCCGAGGACGACCCGACCCAGAGUUCGUUCACUCAUAUACCCGCGGACUCGACCAAAUCGGUCGGCUUCUGCGAUCCGUUCCGGACGAAGCAUUACUUGCUUGUCCGAGUGGAGUUCGAAAGGAAUAUAUCAUCAUUAUACCGUAUUGAUGUCGACGACUGCCCCAGCAGCAUGCCGAUAACUAGGAAGGGCUUUCCAGCUACUAUCCUGCAGAUACUCCCCUCGCCUAGUUGUGAGGGUGGUGUUCUGGUCCGGUUACGACCAUACAAUCCCUCCUUGCAUCUCGCGGCAUUCGACAAGACUGGUGAACAUGCAGUGGAGGACAGUGCUGAUGAGGUCGAUACGGCAUGGUCCUUCAAGUUGCAGCUCGGUGAAUUUGGGGUGAGAGUCUUCGGCCCUGGAUCGAAGGCUCGAAGGCUGAGGCGAGCAAGAGAGGAUCUUUUCUACUGCGGUGUGAGUAAGACUUCCAUCAUCGCGAGCUGUGGAGUGGAAGGUGGCUCUGAUCAUUCUGAUACUCUAGUACUCCGAUCCUUCCGAGUAGCAGGUCUCCGGCUCGAACAUGUACCACGAAAUCUCCUCAUCUUGUCAUCUGGAAGACAUUCGCGGGCGGCGCCUGGCCUAGGGAUGAGCGGAAUCUGGUUGAAUGCCCGACGUGGACGAGACAUGAACCUUCGCGAUGUGUGUGUGACCGUCCCGCCAUUGUCGUUGACGCUGGACACGCGAGCCCUGGAUGACCUGACUGCCCUCACAGGGGCAUUCAUAGCCUCACUGGGCUCCGGUCCUGGUCUGUCAUCACUCACCAUCACCAGUGCUGCUGCUCGAGCUGGAGUGCCGUAUCACUAUCUCUGUACCACGCCGGCUCCAUUGGGACGUGUCCUCAAGCUCCAGCGUUUGACCAUCUCCCAGCUCAGCCUCAAGUUAUGGUGUUCCUUCAAUAUAGAAGAUAGUCAGUUCCUCCCCGAUGACAUUAAGUUUUUACUCAGUCUUCUUACACUUGGUGAUACCCUUGACCUCAAGGGCCCAGAGCUGGUCUUACCCCAACAAGCCUUCUAUAUGUACCAGCCUUAUCGAGGCCCAACGUCCGGCCUAUCGAAGGUCUUGAGCGACGAAUACAAGAAGGUCAUUGUAGCUAACAUGUCGCAAGUGGUGGGCUCGAGCUCGGUCCUCAAUGUGAUUGGGGCGAAGUUGUGGGGUCCUGGGUUCGCUGGUGGGAGCGCCGAUUCUGAUGAGGAAAAGAAGCGCAUGUUUGCUGGUGGCAACGGGACUUGCGACUCGCGACAUGGUGUACAGUUGCGGGCUGAUGGAGUGCUGAAGUGGGAGGAUGUGUCCUUGGAUGAGAGCAAGCUUUAACCGUCCAUCCAUCAUCAUUUGCUAUACUUGCAAGAGACA